AAGCCUGGGGCAGCCCGUGCUGGGAGGAACCGGGGCCGGCACCUGGAUACGGGAUCGGCAACCAUGGCUCCCCCAGAGCAGCCUGCAGACUUGAGGAGGCUCCUCCUGGUCACCAGCAUGGUGGCUGUGCUGCUUCAGGAAGCAGGUGCAGCCCCAGCACCCCAGGUCCCUGUCAAGAUUCAAGUCAGACUCAGGGCCCCUGAGCAGGACACGGAGAAGGCCUGGGGUGCCCGAGUGGUGGAUCCUCCGGAGAAGGACGAUUGGCUGGUGGGGCUGCUGCCUGCAGCGAAGCCAGAGCUCGCGGCCGUGGAGGAGAAACUGCCAGGCACCAAGGCCUGGGUGGAGCUGGAGGACAUCCUGGGCCUCUUCCGGAACCCCCUGCGGGGUCCUGAGCCAGACCUUGACGACCUGUACCACCCGCCGACCGUGGAGGACCAGGGAGGGGAAGGGCCCUUGCUGUGGGUGCUGCCACCUCACCAGGUGCUCCAGGGGCCAGAGGAGGACCAAGACCACGUCCACCACCCUGCGGAGGAGUCGGGGGGGCCCUGACUGCCCUCCCAGUCCUGCCCCUAGGCCCAGGCUGUUGGGACUCUGACCCCCGCCCAGAAAAAUAAACACCUGCCCGCAGCAGCAGAAGGCCAUGUGUGCCUCCAAGGCCAGUGACCCCGGGGCCCGGCCUGCUCUGUGUGAAGAGGGGAGCCCCCAGGGCCACA